AUAGAUUAAAAGUUGUACUUACAUAUGGUGCUUAAUCAAGUGUCAUUCGAUAACUAAUCAACAGAAAGAUGAAAAUUUGAAAGAAAUUAUGCACAUGCACAUAGCUGAAGAUGAUUUCCAAGAUGUUUGCAAAAUAUCAAAAUAGAAUGCCUUCUACUCAAUUUGUGAAUAUUAUUCUUGCAAUUGUUAAUUAAGAUGUAAAUCUAUGGAAAUUCCACUAAUGGUGGCUCACUUAUGGCCAACUACUAUGUGUUAAGAAAUGAUGCGUUAUAUUACAAAAAUGGGCAUAGCCUCAAGACAAUUCUAUAUGAAAUAUCUGAUCUUGAUAGAUUAGCCAUCUUACAAUCAGUGUUUACCUCUUCAUAACAACUUCUGGUAGAUUUGAUACCAAAUCUGGUGAAGAAUUGCAUGUUAGCUUUAAAAGAUAUAUGAGUUGUUAUCAUGAAAAUGCUCUUGAAUUAUUAAUUAUCUUUUGAUUGUACAUUACCCUUUGGUUUUUCAUGUGAUUAUUUUGUAUGGAAAGUUUGGUUUGUUUACCUUUGUAAAUUGUAUUGGAGCGCCAUAAUAUAAGUUUCUAAUUCUAGCUUGUUUGCCAAUAGUUUUGACAAAUAAAUAUGUAUAAACCACAUAAGCAAAAUGAAUAGGCGUUCAUGUUAUGUUAUAUGACCCUAUAUAUGAUGUCAUGAAUAUUGUUGUACAGGUAGACAGUUUCUUCACUGAAGCAGAAAUUGAAGAAUGUUGCAGGGGGACCUCAGUAUGGAUCUGUCCUGUUUGUCACAAAAGUUUGUCAAGGAAACAGACUCUGAAAGCGCAUCUUAAUUCUGUGCAUUCAGUGAGAGCUGGAACUGCAUCGAAAAGAUACAAGCUGUAUGAUUAUUGUCCUACUGCCAGGAUUCCAAGAUCAACGCAAUCAAGAUGGUAAGUUGAGAUUCAGUGGAUUUCAUGCAAUGUGUGAGCUAUCUGUAUCAGCAGUGGUGCAUAUAGGGCUACAGACUUUCAAGGCAGGCUUUCUAUAUAAAUAUAUAUAAUAUAUUCUAUUAAUAUAAAAAAAGACUUUUUUCCCAUGAAAGACCAAUUUUUGAAAUUACAUGUAGUGAAUGCAUGUAGUUUUAUAUCUUAUAAGCAAACGUAUGUCAAUAGUGUAAGACUGAAAACAAAAACAUCAGAGAGCAUGAUAGUUUUUGCCAAAAUCUUACCUUCAAUGUAGAUUUUAACACUGUGGGCCUAUGAGGAUUCAUAAAUUGCAUAUCUUAGUAUUUGCAAUAAAGGAAUGUGCUUCAAAGGGAAUACCGU